CCCGUUCGUUGCGCGCGCCUACGUUCAUUCAUAUAAUUUGUCAUUCUGUCAUAUGAACUCGUCGCUAAUGUUGCCUUCUGUUGCCGUGCCGAUCAAUGAUUGUUAUUGUUUUUAAUUUAAAAAUAUUUAAAUGAAAUAAUUUUAAUUAAACUGUUCUGCGCAUAUGUGUCAAAAUUUUAAAGCUUAAAUUACAUUGUUAUUAUUUCCUAUAAAUAUUACUCUGUGCGUAUUGUCUGAAAAAUCUUUCGGCAAGGUCAUGACACCUUGAAAUAGGCAAUAAAUGUGGAGUAAUAGUGAAUUUACUUUAAUGCGUGCUCGAACUGUUUAUAUUAUUAAAGUGAAUUUCAAUAUUUUGUGAUAGUGAAGUGACCGACUGAAGUGAUAAUGGGUUCUACAGGAUUGACUCUGGCAGACUUGCCAAAUAUUUUUAUUAUGAUCGGUGCACUCGUCGCUUUGUUCGUGGUAUUAGUUAUACUUCUCAGAAAUAUGGAAGUGAUCGGAGUAGUCGGCGAGGGUCGUGACGUGGCGUGGAGCCGCGCCAUGCAGCCUCCGAGGCUACUGAUGCAGAGGGUACACAUACCGUUCACCUUCAAACUGAAGGAGGACGAUCCUAUCGGAUAUUCAGGUGUAAGCUGCUGCGUAUCCUCGACAGUUCGGUACUGGCAUGCGAGCUGGUGGGGAGCGCCCGUCAGGGAGCUGCACAGGACGCUAUGGGGCUCGUUGCCAGAGAUCCUCGCUUCUACCCAUCUCAAAUUCACCAGAAGUAACUCUCACGACGAAAAACUGAUGCGGUUGACGGCAGACGAGCCUCUCCAACUGGGCGCCCCGCCGCGGAACUGCUACCCGCUCGUGGUGAUACUGGCGAGGGACCAGAGGGACACGGCGGAACUGAGGCCCGACGAUACUGUGGCGUUAGUGAGCGUUGUCCAUAUAAGGGACGAUCAGUGCCCGCUGCCCAGCGGCGUCAUAGCGCAGUAUUUAAAACAAGCUAAUGGACACCUGUCCUGUUUAAAGCAACUGUACAUAAGCGGCGACGCGGUGAGCGAGGCGGAGUACGAGGGCGCGGCGGGGGUGGCGGCGGGCGCGGCGGGCGGCCCGCUGGCGGCGCUGUGCUGCGUGUGCGCAGCGCGGCCGCUGUCGAGGGCACUGCUGCCGUGCAGGCACGCGUGCCUCUGCGCCAGGUGCUUUCCGAAGCUGGACAAGUGCCCGAUAUGCCGGAGCGUGAUCACGAGCUACUUCUGCAUCAGGAACGACGACGAGCCCCUCGCGGAGCUGAAGCAGCAGCCGUUCUUCAACCGGCGGCUGCUCAACCUGUUCCACUACCACUAGCCACCGGCGCCGUGCCACGAACAUUCGAUAUUAUCAUGAACGCUUCAAGCGAAGACUAUGAACUGUCGCCAGUCAUGUUAAGAGUUAAAAAUAACUUGUGUUGUGUAAUCAAGUGUUAUACAGAGAGACACGCGUGUGAUUUAGAUGUUACUAAGUGUUAAUAUACAUACACGAUAUAAAUAUAUUUACGAUAUCUGUGGGGAAAAUUCUAGAAUGUAUAUACUCUGAUCAAACAUUUAGCCUAUUAGUGGCUAUACAGAAGGAAAAUGUUAGCGCCCUUUCAAGGGUAUUUUCUUUCACUAAAAUAUUUUUCCCUAAAGAAAUAAUGGUCGAAAACUGACAAAAAAAAUUAAGAUUACCAAUGGCAAUAUAUAUCAAUAGUUAUAAUUGCAAUAUAUAUAUAUAUAUAUAUAUAUAUAUAUAUAUAUAUAUAUAUACAUUUUUUUUUUUUUUUUUUUUUCAAGAAAUUUUGUGUGCAUAUUCGGUAGGUCUGAGAAUCGGCCAUUUUUCAUACCCCUCAAUGAUAAGGGUGACUCAAGCAAUCGACUUUUGUACAGUCUCCCUCUGGUAAAACUUAAUGGUAAGCGGUUACCGUAUCAUAUGAGCGCUUACAAAUCUGCGCGUUGCCGAUCCUAAAGAAACCUCAUUAUCCUGUAGGUACCAUUAUGUAUUGGAUUUUACAUUAACAAUAAAAUUCAUCAUGGCCGCACAGAAGCUAAAUAAAAUAGUUUUGUUCUACGUUUAUAACUAAGCGAGUUGAUUGUCCAAUGAUUUCGAUGUAUAAUUAUUGUUUUUAAAAAUUGUUAAUUUUUAAACAAUGUCUAAAUAAAUAUGGAAGAUUAAUGAACUCAGUGUGUGUGUUCCGUUUCCAACAAUUGUUUCCGACUUCAUCCGAAAGUCUCCUUCAGGGGACGUUCAGCGCUUUGCGUCACAGUAAUAAUAAUAAUAACUUUAUUGCAUAACCAUGAUUGUAACAAACUAAACACUGGAAAUUACAGUAAAAGUAGGUACGUCAAUUCAUUUGUACAUUUGGAUCAGUUUAUACAUCUGUGUCUGAACUAGGUUACAAAACCUGUAUCUCAGACAACAGCGCUCAACCCUCAUUACAUAGUGUAAUAUUAGUUCAGCUAAAUUUUUAAUGCUACAUAUAGAAUGUUGAUUUUAUAUAAAGUUAAUUUAUCUAACUAUAUUUAUUGGUAAUAAUGAAAAUUGUGAAAUAUCUCGUCUCACAGUGUGUUAAGUCUUUCGUAGAAAACAAAAGCACAGUGUGUUCAUUAACCUCCCAUUUUUAUAUACAUAUAUAAUUAUUAAUCAAAAUACUAAAGUAAAAAAAAAAAAACGUAAAAAGUGAUUGACAUGUGGAAGAGAUGGGAUUUAUUGAGUAUUGGCCUAGACAGUGUAAAUGAUUAUGAAUUAAAAUGAGCUUUAUUUAUAUACAGUUAAAGGUUAGAAUCAAUUAAGAGACUUGCUUUUUUUUUCUUAAUUUUACUACAGUUUUAGCUACCAUGUGUAAAUUUACUAAUAAUUAUAAAGAAAUAUAAAUAGUAUUUAAUGUAUGACGUUUAAACUGAAUCUUAUACAUGACUACAUGUAUGAAAUAUGUUUUUUUUUUCUCUUAUGUACAUAUCUUAACAUAGUAAUGUUUUACUAUAUGUAUUCUAAUAAUAAUAGUUAUGUAUAACUAUUUAAUUCAAUAAUACUUAUCAGUAAUUAUUGUAUAUUGGUGACCUCUACGUAAUUGGAGGCACAUCGUAUUAUUUCAUACGGUCCCACGUUCAGUUCUCGGUUCGGGGACUUUUGUUUAUUGUCACAAUUUAUAUGUAUUCUGCGUUUUUAAUCUAUCUAUUAAUAACCCCACUAAAACCCUCGAGGGAUGAUAAGUGAGGACGAUGUCGAAUUAGUUGGUCCAUCGUGACAAAAACACGAUGGUUUAAAAAUGUAACCGCGUGGACGUCGACCUGACAGGGUAUAUUGGAUCGCAAUGGAACCGCUAGUUUCUAUCUCCCUUCUCUGUCGAACCAAGCAUUGAUCUGUGUAUCAUCACAGGUCAAAUAAUAAACUUAUUAUUAUUAAAUUAAUAUAAACUUUUUAAUCUAUUCAAGAUAAAGGUUGGUUUGAAAAUUCUACAAGCUUCGAAAUUCAUAUAUAUAUAUAUAUAUACAGUAACUUUUGCUUGGAAAAAAUUUAAAAUGUAUUACUUAGUAAAUAUAAAUUAAAUAUGUAUUAGUUAAUUUUAAACUUUCGCGUUGUUUACACAUAUUUCAAAUACACUGUUGGGACUUAAAUAAAAAGUCAUUUGCUUGGGCACCUCUGUCCCAUUCGUGUUUCAACCGUGAAGCAGUUGUGUUUGCAUGACUGUGUUUUUGUAUGAAGGGUGGGAUAUGGCAGUGAAUUUACUGGGUACAGAGGAAUAACACCUGAGUCCUCAGGAAUGGCAACACGUGGGGGGUAUCAUGGGCGAAACAGUACACUCUGUUAUGUCCAUAGUACUGCCCAUGUGUAUCGGCGACGGUUACCACUUUCCAUCAGGUGGGUCGUCAGCCUGUUUGCCAUUCUAAGUUGCUUAAAAAAACCUACAUACGUGCUUCUUUAUUGGAUUUUUGAGUCCCAAUAGUGUAUUGCAAAUAUGUAUUUAAGAUGAAAAUUGUGAGUGGGUGAAGAAUUUUGAACUGUGAUAUAGUAUGCUUUGUGUAUUUGCUUGUAAAUAAUAGAUUAUUUAAAUUUAAGCGUUACACAACAAGUGAACCGUUCGUAUGUAUUUCAUUCUAUAUACUUGGCACAAAUAGUAAUAUUGGCAUGUCUUUUUAUCGACAUAAAAUAAAUAUAGCUAAUUAUUAAGGAUUUUAUCAAUACUAUAUGUAUGUAUAUAAAGUCGUAACUGGUCACUAUCUGUACAUGGAAGAUGUAUAAGAAAAACUAUUAUAUGGGGGUUUUAUGAACGCAAUAGAACCCGAAACAAUGGUUUUUAGAAUUUCUGUCUGUUUUUCUGUACGUUUGUGCACGCUAAUCUCAGAAACGGCUUAACCGAUUUGAAUGCGGUUUUCACUAUUGCGUUGCGGUUUGCUCCACAUAAUAUUUUGUGUUUGUUUUAUUACAAUCGGUUUAUAAAUAAAAAAAAUAAAACCUAUUAUAUAUAUAUAUAUAUAUAAUAGGUUUUAUUAUAUACAUUGAUUGAUUUUUGUCACAUUUUUGUCUGUUUAAUUUUUAAAUUACUAAUCUCUAUUAAAAAAACAUUUCAACUUUGUUACUGAUUGUGCCAGGAAUAAAAAAAAAAUAGGUUACAUUUAAGGCUGCGGACACACCGAAUGAAAUAUUUUAUUAAAACUAGUAACACGGUGUGGCCACGGCCUAAGACUAAUUUGAUGUGACUCUUGACAAAAGGUAGAUUAAAAUGAGGAGUAGUCAGUGUUUCUAUUAGCACGUAUUUAUUAUAUGUUAAAUAUAUAAAAUGUAUACAGGUAACGCGAAGGGUGUAACAAAUCAGAUAUAUAGGAUACUAGCUUUUACUUGCGACUUCGCUCGCGUGACCAGAAUAAAAAGUAACCUAUAUCCUUCUCCAUUCCGUACAGUACGUAUAUACCAAGUUUUAUAGUGAUUGAUUAAACCGUUAAGGCGUUAUAAGGUAACAAACAAACUCACUUUCACAUUUAUAAAAUUAAGGAUGGAGAUGAGUUCCAAAUUCCACCAAGUGUGAAUUCCACCAAGUGCCAACAAUCCCCAGCAUCACAGGACUUUAUAAUGAUAAUUGUUACUCAUUGACGCCUAAACGGCUGGACAGAUCUGAAUGAGAUUUGCUAAACCUACAGAUUAAUAUUGUUUAUACUGUGGCGUCAUAGUGUCUAAGAAAAAUAAAAUGACGGGAAAGCAUAAGAACAAUGGAUUUAAAAAAACUAUACGAGUAUAGCUAAGCUGAUUUAUAAAAUUAAUUUACAAUAAAAAAAAAAUUUGAAUUAGGAAUUUUGAAUAGAAUAAAUGAUAUUCCUAAUUCAAAUUGGAAAUUCUAAGUAAGAUAUCCUCUCACUAGCCAGUAUUAAAAAUCGGCAAUUCCUUAAGAGCUGUUGUUCAGUUUCACGAAGUCUAAUACUUGAUUUUAACUUAUUAAUAUAAUUAUAUCCUAUCCACUAUAUUAUGUAAGGUCAACCGAGGCAAGUGUGACGCAAAUUUAUUGGUACAAUAGUUUUCCUUCAAAUAAUUCUACUCUGUAUUGAUAAAAUACAAAGACUUUUGUUUUGAAACGUUUAUUAUUUUAUGAUAAUUUGUUUAAUCAAGCAAAUUAACACAUAUAUCUUUCUAUUAAGUGAGAAAAUAUUACAAAACCUAUGAGAGUCGAGGACUGUCACACUUGCCCCGAACCUGAGGUAAGUGUAACACUUACUAUUUUCUUCGCAGUUUACUCCAGUAUUUGUGUUAUCUGUCAAAAUUUCUGUAAAAUUUACUCAUGUCAACAUAUUUUAUGAUCUGCUGCAGUGAUAUUAAUUUCUAUUUUUACGAAAUAACGGAUUUUUUAUCAAAUGACGAUAGUGUAACAGGAGUCUUACAAAAUAGUGAUGUCAUUAGGUAAUUAUUUUAUCGACAAUUUAAGAAAACAGAAUAUCGAUAGUUUAAGAAGGAUAAGUGUAUAAAUUAGGAUACGACACAAACCGUAGAUAUUGUCAUGUUUGUAUUAUAUUAUUUUUAUUGAAACUUUCCUUUUCCUUUUUUUAGAUGGCAGUUUUUUUGGAUUUCCUUUGUUAUUUUUUUUAUUGGUUUAUCGGAUGUUGCAGCAAAUGCCGAAUCAACCGUAUCAUCGUCAAGUAGCCAUGUAUUCCAAAGAUACGUUCCCUUAAAAAUUAUAAGCGGUUUUACUUUUUGACCCAAAGAAUUGCAUGCGAAUUGCAGUUGUGUUGUCGUGGCCUGGUGAACUAAUGGUUCUAGUGCCCUGAAAACCUUUGAGCCCAAUUAUUUUUGAUGUUCCAGGAUUCUGACAGAAGCUUGUCUCAUCGAGAUUCCAAAUUUGAUCGCCUUCUAAUCUUUGCUCCUUCACAACUGUUUCAAGUAGGUCGUAAAAUUUGUUAGUCAGAAAUAGGUCUGCUGCUUUUUGUAUUGCUAUUUCCACCCCUUGAGGUUUUUUAAUUGAAAGUUUGUUUCUGUUUUUGAACCCUCUUAUCUAAUCUUCACGUAUCCAAUACGUUCGUCGUAACAGAGUAUCGAUUUCGUUACGACGAACGUAUUGGCCAACUAAUGCUCUUACUUCGCGUUGAGUCAAACCAAAGCUAUGUCUUUCCAUGAUGUGAAGCAUUGACGCAAUAUUUUUUUCAAACUCUGGUGUAAAUACAGUAGGCCUUCCAUGCGACUUAGAUUUGACACCUCGAUGACCUUUUACGUGUGCAAUUAUAGUGGGUCUAGGGACACCGAAAAUUUUUGCAGCUUUAUACGCCGUUAUACGUUGCUCCUGUACUGCUUUGACAGCCUCCUCCAAUAUUUCCUAAGAGUAUUUGUCGAUAGUUUUUCUAACAUAGUUCCUUACGAUUUAAAACAAAACAAAUAAAUUAUCAUAGAAAGAACGUAAACACAAAUAAAUUAUGUAAAUACUAUCGAUAACCUAAUUUCUUUUAAGUCGAUUUAUAAAAAUGUCGAUAUUCUAUUUCGAGAUGUUCAUUACUAGUUAUGUUAUUCUCAUAGAAAAUUUGUGGGGUAAGCGUGACACUGUUACACUUGAACAUGUUAGUUUUUUAGCGAGGUAAGUGUAACUGUAAAGAUAUUUUAAGGAAUAGUGGAUUUCAGUUUACAAAGACAUAUUAAAUGUAAAGCCCUAAUAUUAAUUUGUAUGACUUACCUUUUAUCUUGUCGAAAUAACUCGUAAACUUCACACAGUAACUAAAAACAGAAUGCUUGAAUGGAAUGCGAUCUGUUGUCAGUUGAGUAGUUAGACAAAAUGUUGUCUGUCUUUAAAACAGUUGACGUUACGUACGCCAUUGUGACACUGUAAGAUAGCUUGAAAGUUCCUUUAUCGUCCAAUACAUGACGGUUUGAAGAAUAUAGUCUAUUUACCCUAUUAUUACCAAUUGUUACACUUGCCUCACUGUCACACUUGCCUCGGUUGACCUUAUAAAUUUUGUCUAUUGUAUUAAAAUAGUUAUUAGUAACGUAUUAGAAGUUUGUCCUACAAUUUAGCAAUAAUGAGUCGUAUUAGUGUUAAAUUAAAAUCCAUUCCAAGUAUUCCUACACUAUCAUUGUUUCAGUUUAUUAUUUGAUCGUGUAAUAAAUUGAUUAACAGCGUCUAGAUGGAGUGACAGCCUAUAAACGCUUCGCCAAAAACAGCACAACUUUUUAUUCUUGUUUGACAUUUGUAUGAUAAACUAAACACGACUAAUUCGAUUCGUCAGUGUGUACGUUUGUAGGGAUACCAAAAUAUUAUAAUUAUUUCUUGCAACACCGAAAAAUGGUGCAUUUUGUUUUAUAUUAAGAGUAUUACAAACUACUGCCCCCUGGUUAUGUAUCUCGCUAACAGUACACGAUCACUUGAUAAUGCUUUGUUACUUAUCAUUAAUAAUAGUUUACUUUAAUAUAAAAAAAAAAUAGUAGAUUUAAUCCAUCCAACCCACGAGGUGCAUAAUCAGGGAGCGGUUCAGACGACUGUUGGCUGACCGGUUAUUAGGACGUUUAUAACACUCGACACUCCAUCUAGACACAUAUAUAAUUAGACCAUGAAAUCUGCAUACCUACCGUUAAUUACAGUUGUAUCAAAAGCAAUAGCUUUAUAACGAAAUAGUUUUAAAUUGAAAUAGCUGGAGAGCUCGUGAUAAAUUUUAAAGUGUUUGGAUAGAACCUAAAACCUACAAGUAAUCGAUGACAAUACAGACAUAAACAGCUGAGAACGGAAUAUAAAAAAAAAGCGUUUCAUCACAAUAAAAACAUUUACAAUUCUAUAAAUUCGGCUCAUAAAUUUCCAAAUAUAAGAUCUAUCAUUCCAUAUUCAACUUACAUCUAGGCAUGUGCUUUUAUCAAGUCUUAUAAAAACUUGCAAACUAUUUUUAAACACUUUUCCGAGUGCCUCCUUAAAAUUUACAACCAGUUCUCGGCCUAUAAUUUCACUAUUACUCCUUAAUUGGAUUGAGCUAUAAGAUUGAUCAUUUCAAAUUUCCUACCACAUUCUUAAAACGAAUGGACUGCAUUAAGUUUUAUUUCAAAUGAAAAAAAAAAAGUUAUUUUUAAUUGCAAGCAAAUUUUAAUGCCUCAGAUAGUCUAUUGAUUUUUUUUUUCUAUAUGUGGAUAAAAAGAAUGACGUGUUUUGUUUGUAAUUUAAUUGUUAUUACCUCUUAUUUGAAUUUCGAAUUUAUAUAUUAAUAAUUGCUAUUUUUUUUUACAUCGUAACACACUGGCGCGAAACGAGAAACGAAUAGUGUAGUGGUGCAAUAGUUAUUUUUCGACCGACUUAAAAAAAGAAUCAAGUUACAUUUUUCAGUUGUAUUUUUCUACGACUGUUACUUCAUAGCUGCCUCAUUUAUAAAUCAAUUUGCAUGUUUUUUUUUUUUGUAAUCUGUAUGGAUAUAUUUCUUAUUGAUCCUAUUUAUUUGAGAAAUUUUAAUAAAUUCAAUUCAAUAGUUUAGUUUUUCAAUCAAUUAAUUUUACACAUAGAAAACAGACUUCAAGUCUGUUUUCUAUGUGUAACAUAAUUUUUAUUUAUUCUCUUUAUACGAUUCGUGUCGUCGGUGUGUAUCGAUUUAUAAUUUAUUUUGUAUUUUUAAAGUUUUUUUUUUUUAUAUACACCAAGGCAAAGUUAUUUAGUUGUUUAACCAAAAUAGAAUGUGUUUGAAUAUCCAACAAGCUCGCACAGACGUAGUCGCCAUCUAUGUAUUAAUUAAACUUUGACGAAGUUCGAAAUAUGUCAUAGUAGCAGUAGCAGUAUACGAGCAGACCUGCGGGCAUCAACUAGUCCAAUACGACACGGCACACGUUGAUUAGUUUGUAAAUUAUUGCCAACCAUGUAGUCUUCCAAUGUAACCUUACAAAAGACAUAUUGUAGAUCUCAUCGCGGUCACCUACCCCGAUUACUAAUAAAAAUAUUAGACAAAGUA